UUGAAAAUUGUGCUAGUCACCGAGCAGUCAGCCCUUUGAGGGAAACGUGAUAGCUCGGUUUGAAGAUAAUGCUUGUUACAUAGCUUGCUUUAAAGUUGACUACUACGUUGUCAUUUAUUCGUUAAACAUACUGAAAGUACUUCUCUAACCUCAUAUUACUCUUCCAGCCAUGUCUACCGAUGCAGCAGCCGACCAGGCAGCAGAAUAUGUCCCGGAGAAAGUGAAGAAGGCAGAGAAGAAGUUGGAAGAAAACCCGUAUGACCUUGACGCAUGGAGCAUUCUGAUUCGAGAAGCACAGAAUCAACCUAUUGAUAAAGCAAGGAAGACAUAUGAGCGACUUGUCACACAGUUUCCAAGUUCCGGCAGAUUCUGGAAACUGUUCAUUGAAGCUGAGAUAAAGGCUAAAAACUAUGACAAAGUAGAAAAGUUGUUCCAGAGAUGCCUCAUGAAAGUGUUGCACAUCGACCUAUGGAAGUGUUACCUCUCAUACGUGCGGGAGACCAAAGGAAAGCUGCCCAGCUACAAAGAGAAGAUGGCUCAGGCAUACGACUUUGCCCUGGAUAAAAUCGGCAUGGAAAUUAUGUCAUAUCAGAUUUGGGUGGAUUACAUCAACUUUCUCAAGGGAGUUGAGGCUGUGGGAUCAUACGCAGAAAACCAGCGCAUCACAGCAGUGAGGAGGGUGUACCAGAGGGGGUGUGUGAAUCCCAUGAUUAACAUCGAGCAGCUUUGGAGAGAUUAUAGCAAAUAUGAGGAGGGUAUCAAUAUACACUUGGCUAAAAAGAUGAUUGAGGAUCGAAGCAGAGACUACAUGAACGCAAGGAGAGUAGCCAAGGAGUACGAGACUGUGAUGAAAGGACUGGACAGGAACGCGCCGUCUGUGCCGCCCCAGAACUCUCCCCAGGAGGCCCAGCAAGUGGAAAUGUGGAAGAAGUACAUUCAGUGGGAGAAAAGCAAUCCACUGCGCACAGAGGACCAAACGCUUAUCACAAAGAGAGUGAUGUUUGCCUAUGAGCAGUGUCUGCUGGUGCUGGGCCACCAUCCUGAUGUGUGGUACGAGGCAGCUCAGUACCUGGAGCAGUCCAGCAAGUUGUUGGCAGAGAAAGGGGACAUGAAUAACUCUAAGCUGUUCAGUGAUGAGGCUGCUAACAUCUAUGAACGUGCUAUUGGGACACUACUGAAGAAGAACAUGCUUCUUUACUUCUCAUUUGCAGACUAUGAAGAGAGUCGUAUGAAGCACGAGAAGGUUCACAGCAUCUACAAUAAACUGCUGGCCGUAGAAGACAUCGACCCCACGCUGGUGUACAUCCAGUACAUGAAGUUCGCCAGACGGGCGGAGGGCAUCAAAUCGGGCCGCACCAUCUUCAAAAAGGCCAGAGAGGAUCCGCGCACACGCCACCACGUGUAUGUUACCGCAGCUCUGAUGGAGUACUACUGCAGCAAGGACAAAUCUGUGGCCUUUAAGAUUUUUGAGCUUGGUUUGAAGAAAUAUGGCGACAUUCCAGAGUACAUACUUGCAUACAUUGAUUACCUCUCACACCUCAAUGAGGAUAACAACACCAGGGUUCUGUUUGAACGUGUCCUCACCUCAGGAAACCUGUCGCCAGAGAAGUCAGGUGAGGUCUGGUCUCGUUUUCUGGCCUUCGAGAGCAACAUAGGCGACCUGGCCAGUAUUCUAAAGGUGGAACGGCGCCGGUUCUCUGCCUUCAAGGACGAGUAUGAAGGCAAGGAGACGGCCUUGCUAGUUGACAGAUACAAGUUCAUGGACCUGUAUCCUUGCUCUACGAGUGAACUGAAGGCCCUCGGGUACAAGGAUGUGUCUCGUGCCAAACUGGCUUCUCUGCUUCCUGAGGCUGUGGUGGUGCCCUCCGUGCCCACGCUGAAGGACGAACUAGACCGAAAACCAGAGUACCCCAAACCAGACACCAAUCAGAUGAUUCCCUUCCAGCCGCGGCACUUGGCCCCUCCGGGUCUGCACCCUGUCCCUGGUGGAGUGUUCCCUGUCCCCCCUGUGGCCGUCAUUCUAAUGAAGCUGCUUCCCCCGCCUGCGUGUUUCACCGGUCCAUUUGUUCAAGUGGAUGAGCUCAUAGAGACUUUCAGGAGAUGCACGCUUCCUGAAACUGUCGAAGCCGCUGUCGAACUCAUCACAGGCAGACUCCCCGACGCCAGUGGGGAAGGCAACGGCGCCAUGGAGAACCACGCCAUAGCCAAGUCCCUCAAGAGGCCCAACGCCGACUCGGAUGAGGAAGACGACAAAGGAGCAGUGGCGCCGCCCGUCCACGACAUCUACCGUGCUCGCCAACAGAAGAGGAUUCGAUAAGGAAGAGCCUUACAAGAAUGUACCAAGUGGCCAAAGGAGGUAAAUAAGUUUGUCUGUGGAGAGCGUCAGCUGCCGUACAUACACACUAUACCUGAGUGUCCUUGUGUUUUUAUGUUGAAAGACUGAUGAAGAUACUGUACAAAGUUUUUAAAGUCAUCUGUUCAGUUUUGGCCUUGUGAUGUUCCAGUGACGGCAAAUAUUUUUAGAUAACUGGAUCCAUCCACUGACUCCUUUCAAUAAAAGUGUACAAUACAUCCAUCAUGUGUUUUGAGCUUUCACAUUCUGGUUGGAUAAUACAAAAUCACGUCAGAUGGUUGAUGCUCUAUGUGUCCACAAGAGGGUGGUAUUUUGACAUACAAUAAAAAAGUAAAAGAAAUUUAUGAGAAAAAAUAUAAAAUAAUGUUAAAAAUGUGCUUUACAAUUUAUUUAAAAUAGAAACUUUGUGGAAAACAUACACUAUGUAAAAAGGAAAAAAAAAAAAACAGCAUUU